AUGAGUAACUUGACUACACCGAUCUUCCUUCCAACGGCAACCAGCCAGCCCCAUGGGACUAACCACAGCGGGGCUGUGGGAAAGGUAGAGCCAUCCUAUGCUGUCCUCAAGUUCAUGGAGAGCUUCUGCCUCAUCAGUGCUGCCUGUGGGAUGGUGGGAAACGGCAUGGUCCUGUGGUACCUCGGCUUCCGCAUCCGGAGGAACCACUUCACCGUCUACAUCCUGAACCUGGCCGCUGCCGACUUUGGCUACCUGCUCUGCAUCGCCAUCGAGACGGUGCAGUACCUGAUGCAGUUCAACGUGGGGGUGCAGUUUGGGAUAUUCCUCUUCCUGGAUCUGUUCAUGUAUGGGACAGGCUUAUACCUCCUGACGGCCAUCAGCAUUGAGCGCUGCCUCUCUGUCCUCUGUCCGAUCUGGUGCCGAAGCCACCGCCCCAAGUGCUUGUCUGGCAUCAUCUCCGGCCUGCUCUGGAGCCUCUCCUUGCUGCUGAAUGCACUUGGGUACAUCCUGUGCACUGUUCGCCCCUCUGCCAGGACCUGCCACCUUCUGCUCAUCACCAUUGGAACCUUGGACUUCCUCUUCUGCACGCCCCUCAUGCUGCUCUUCAGCCUGACCCUCUUCCUCCGGGUGAAGUGCAGCUCGCAGCGCCUCCAAACCGGCAGGCUCUUCACUGUCAUCAUGCUCACUGUCCUCUUCUUCCUCAUUUUUGCUGUUCCUCUGAGCGUCCUGAUCCUUUUUGACUUCUUGGGCUACAAGUUUCUCUACUCCCCCGAGAUCGGCUUUGUGCUGUCCUGCGUCAACAGCAGCCUCAACCCUGUCAUUUACUUCCUCGUGGGGAGCUACAGGGAUCGAAGAAUCAAGUUCAGGCUCAGGUUGGCAUUCCAGAGGGCCUUUGAAGAUUCAGCAGAUGACAAAGAUGAAAGGGAUACCCGUGACACUAUGACUAUGUCCUCCCAGGACCCCACCAUGCCUAACACAGUAGCAUCAGCCCUGAGCUGAGGACCAAUAGCUUACAGAACUGGGCUUAUCUCACCUGACCUUCAGAACCUCCA